GAUUGUCCUCUGCUCCAUAUAUUUUCACUAAAACAAUUAGACCUCUUGUCAAGCAUUGGAGAAACAAUCAUGUUUUUGUAGUUGUAUUUCUAGAUGAUGGAUGGAUUAGAGCAUCCUCCUUUCAAGAAUGUGAAGAUAUUGCCACAGCAGUCAGAAAUGACUUAUUGAAUGCGGGUUUAGUGCCUAACGUAGAGAAGUCAGUAUGGAUACCUACUCAGAAAAUUGAUUGGCUUGGUUUAACUUGGGAUUCUAAAAGUGGCACUUUACAUGCAUCAGAUCGUAGAAUUGUCAAUAUUUUGGAUUGCAUAAACGAUAUGAUCACAGAAUUACCACACACUACCGCUAGAAAGUUAGCGGCCUUUAUAGGUAAAAUUAUUUCCUUGCUACCUGUAACUGGGCAGAUCGCACAGUUGAGAACUAGAUUUUCUUCAAUUGCUGUUGCCUCAUGCAAACACUGGGACAAAGAAAUUAAUCUAUCCACACGAAAUGAUAUCAUAAAAGAACUGUUCUUCUGGAGAGAUAAUGUGAAGUCUUUAAAUGUACGAAAUAUCUUGCAUUAUUCUAUACCGCAGAUACUUGUCUUUUCAGACGCCAGCCACAUCGGGUGUGGAGCUUGGUCAGCAGAGUGUGGCGGACUCAAAUUCCAACACAUCUGGUCAGAAGAAGAGCAAGGACAUUGACUUCAAAGACACACUCACGAGAGUUUUAGAAGAUUCCCGGGCAGAGAGCACGGUCAAGAAAUAUAAACGUGCAGUAGAAGCAUGGAAUGCGUGGUGUAGAAACAGUGGCACGUCAUGUCAAGACUUAUGUCAAGAAAGCAUUGCAAGUCUUGACUUAGAGAGAGCAGAGAAAAUGUCUUGUCCCUGCAGCUGAAGUACGGUGCCUCUCAAGGUAAUAUAAUUCUAAUUUAUUAAUUAUAUAAUGUAUGUUUCUUUUGCAAAGAAAGAGGCUCAAUAGGAAAAUAUUUAUUUCCGGUUGAGCUAGCGAAUUAGGAAAU